CGGAGAAGCGACGCAGUUCGCCAACAGAGAGAGAAAAGAGAUGGGUAGAUAGGAGUGUACGCGCGCCAACGGGAUCUUUUCCUACCUUUCUAGCUUCCCAAAGCUGGUACUACAUCCAAGUGCAAGAGUGAGGCACCGGCCAAGUGUCUGCCACGUGCAAAACAAGGAGGUCCACGGCGGUUUGGAAGGUCUAGUCAAGCAUCAAAGUGCUACUCAAGAAUCUGUGAUUUUUUUUAAUUUCCCAUAUACUUUGGGCCCCUACGUAUUGUGAUAUAUUCUUCGCUCAUUGAUACCUACAAACCGUCAAGAUGGUGCAAGGAGAUGUUACUAGUGUGUUAAGGGACACCACCAACCUGGAGCAGGUGCGCGAGGAGGCCAAGGAGAGACGUAAGAGGCGAAAGAAGAAGCGUUCAGGGUCCACUCUUGUUGCCAGUGUUUUCAGUGAUCUGUACAAGCUUACCGGUGAGGUGUUGGGACAGGGUGCAUAUGCAUCUGUGCAGACAUGUGUCAACAUCUAUACAGACAUAGAGUAUGCCGUAAAGAUCAUAGAAAAGGUACCAUCACACAGCCGAACGCGAGUCUUCAAAGAGGUAGAGAUGUUCCACCACUGCCAGGGACACAAAAAUAUCAUCCAGCUGGUAGAAUUCUUUGAAGAGGAGGAAAAGUUCUACCUAGUAUUUGAAAAGAUCUAUGGAGGUCCUCUGUUGUCCCACAUUCAGCGGAGGACUCACUUUACCGAGGCUGAGGCAUCUAUGGUAAUCAGAGAUCUUGCCUCAGCUUUGGCUUUCCUACACAGCAAGGGUAUUGCUCACAGAGACCUGAAGCCUGAGAAUAUCCUUUGUGUAUAUCCAGACCAGUUAUGCCCAGUAAAGAUCUGUGAUUUUGAUUUGGGGUCAGGUAUAAAGUUCAACUCCAACCUGAGCUCUCCACUGGUGACACCACAAUUGCUAACACCUGUGGGGUCUGCCGAGUUCAUGGCCCCAGAGGUUGUAGAGGGAUUCAUCAGUGAUGACGCUGGGCCCUAUGACAAACGAUGCGAUUUGUGGUCUCUUGGUGUGGUGACUUACAUUCUUCUCUGUGGAUAUCCUCCUUUCUGUGGCAACUGUGGGGAAGACUGUGGAUGGGAGAGGGGAGAGGCUUGUCCUCAGUGUCAAGAUCUCCUCUUUAACAACAUCCAGGAAGGCAGCUAUGACUUCCCCAAACCUGAGUGGUCUUCAAUCAGUGAGGAGGGAAAGGAUCUGAUCCGCAAGUUGCUAGUGAAGGAUGCAUCACAGAGAUUAUCAGCAGAGAUGGUCCUUUCCCACCCCUGGAUCAGAAAUGGUGGUCCCUCAACCCGCUUAGAGACUCCAAAUGUCAUCAGGAAGAACCACAGUGCACAGCAGUUGUCGCUCUUCGCAGAGUCCUGCAUGGCGCUGAAUAGGGUCUUGCUGCAACACUUCAGUAUGAACCAGGAUGAGGAUUGUGAGAACAUGCAUGGGGAUGAUCCACCCUUUGGGUUAUCGCCCCCAUCUGAGUCACGCCUUGCCCAGCGGCGGCUUCGUUCUCUCAGCCUCAAUACUGAGCAUCUCCUCACUGCCACCGGCUAACUGGCACCUUUGCCAGUCACUCAGGGUUAGGUGCUACGCCAUGGUAAUGGCAUUGGUGUGGCACCCUUCAUUUUUCAUUCUUGUUUAGGCUUAGGCUUUACAAGCAAUUUAAUGCUGCUUAGAAUCCUAACAGUGGACAAGGAGUCUGAACAGCAAGGCUUGCUGUAAGCCAACAUUAUAAGCCUCAGGUUUUUCUACCUUGUAAUGUUAUAACAUAUAAUGGAGGUUUAGCCAGCUCAUUAAUGAUCAAAUAUAAAAAAAAAAUAUAAAAUAUUUGUUUAUUAAGUUUGAUAUAUAUGUAGGCACAAAAUUAAUAUAUAUUUUCAUAUGGAUAUGCUUUAUUGGUUAUUGAAUAUUGAGUUCAGGACAUUAACAUCAGUUUUACCUGGAUUCUUAAAUUUUUUAGUGCCAAUGACUAAAACUGUGUGGGCUAUAACCAACAAAUUAAGUACAAAGAUUAUUAAAAAUCCUUUGAAUCUGUCCUGAAUGCCACUGUCAAGUAAACUAGGGUUACGAAAUGUGCGGCGGUGUGGCUAGCUACCCCAUCCGUGGAUGGUGUGUGUGGAUCGGCAGGGGCAGGCUCCAAUAAUUCUUUUAGUGUGUAAGUUGAGAACAGACCCAGUUGUAAUAUUGCUUGGAAUAAUGUUUCUCUUUGUGUGUGGUGCUUAGUAACUUAAGUUGAUAGUAGUAAUCCCAGUAAGUGCCUACGCUUUUACAAUGUCAGUUGUGACACCAGGUCCCUAUUUGUUUGGAUAAUUUUUCAAAGAGCAUUGAUUUAAGGUUCAAUACAAUUAGGUCUACACAAGCCAGAGGGUCGAUUCAGGGCAGUUCAGCUUAAAACAUUUUCAUAUGAAGGAAGGCUUCUGAAUAAGCUUGUCAGUUCUAGUCGCAUUUGAGAAUGCACAGAACGCUCUAGUUUUCUCUUUUUGCUAGAGCGCUGUAUCAGCUACCAGACUUAUUUUGUGGUGAGAGUAGUACAUUACACACGUAGAGGCAGAUCACUCUUAAUCUUGACAAGUUUGCAUAAAUGAGGGAAGCCAUUGUGAUUCUGUUCAAGGUGCCGUAUUGCUGCUCGUUCCCACAUCUAGGGAAUGGAUUGUUCCCGAGACAUGCCCUCUGGUGUGUCACCCAGUUUCAGGGAGCUUGUGCUGGACCCCAGGAGGGCCACGCAGGCAAGGCACCCAACAAAAGGUUGCCCUAUCAAGUGAUGUGUGUACCUGCAGUGCCAUAGCUUGUGCACACGUUGCCCCGUCCCUCCCGAUCCACACACACCUUUCCCAUAGAGUUACGUUUUGUUACUGUUUUCUAUCUUUUUAUACAUUGGAAUAGGAAAUAAAAGUAAGAGUUACUUUUUAAAUUUGCCAAAAAAGGUUUUGUUUCCUGUGGGGUAAGAUGGCCCCAUUUUGAUUUUUUCAUGUUUGACUUUGUCUUUCUGGUUUUUUACCUUGUUCUUUAAAGGUAAUCUUUGAAUACUUUUCAUUUACAAAGGUAGAAACUGGGUAAUUAAAGACAAAGGUUUUUGGGGUGCAAGUAGUCUCUGGUUGUUCUUCCUGCCUUAUCCCAAUGCCAGCUUGGACAGGCUGAUCAUAUUGAAGUAGUUUUGUAGAUCCUGGUAUACCCUGUGGUCUGCUGAAAUAGUUGCCCAGGGAUACUUAUUGUCCCAGUGAUUGUAGGUGCAGUGGCCAAGUUCAGGUGGAGGAGAAGGCAGGUAUACCAAUACAGUGGCUGACUUCAACUAUCCCCCACAACAUUCCUCAUCCAUCAUCGUAUCAUUUAGCUGCGCGGUCGAUCCAUUACACUGGUCCAUGCUUUUCUCAUGCUCCUGUCACAUCAUGAUCUCAUUUGUUUAGCCUACCUAGCAGGGCUAGAGAUAUUCAUUUUCUAUUUUAAUUUAUUUGACAUUUCAUUGAUGAAUCCUUUGCUACCUUCAUAAAGCCAUUAGGGGCCUAAUUUCCAAACAACACUAAAUUAUCUUGUAAAUUUGAUAGUGAGCACGUGAAUUCAGGUAGAAGUCAUUUAAGUUACCUAGAGCUUCAGUGGUACUAAGUGUUGUUUGUUAAUUACGGAUUGGGAGUAUAGUCCAUGCGAUAGCUCAAGGAUCGACCAUGCUGCUUCAUACUUCAUCCUUGUCUUCCCAUUGUACAGCCUAUAAGAGUUAGGCAGUACGAGAGGAGAGAAAAAUUGAAAAGUGGCCCCCUUCUGUCUUAACUGUUAAUAUGAAUUUCAAGGGCGAUAGAGAGAGAUUACUGUUUUAAAAACAGCCUGUAUUAGCUAGUCUUGUAAAUGUCUGUGAGAGCAGAAUCAUUUAAGGAUAUUAUUCGCCAUAUUUGGAAUAAUUUAAACGAAUUUAUAUAUAGACAUAAUAAAUGAAGGUAUAGGGAGGUCAUGUAACUGGAUGUGUUGUACCUGUUUAACAGUGGUACGAUCGAAAGUGUUUUAACAAAGUACUACGUAAAAAGAGCCGACAUUAUCAUGUACUGUACCCUGUGUUCGCCGGAACAACUCGAUAAACUAGCGGUACCAGGGAAGAGGUGCAAAAUAAAAGUUAUCUUUUUAA